AUGUCAGACGCUGGCAUGAACGCAGUGGCGAGGUACGCGACCGCCAUCAGCUCGAUCGGAAUUCGUUUGGGCGCCUACAUCUUUCUACGUUGGGGUUUCCCGCCAGCAAUUUUCGCCUUAUUGGCAGUCUAUGUUCCUAGUCUCACCUACAACCUGACGCACACCUCGCCAUACACUGUCAUUGCGGAUGAACUGGACAUCGUGACCAAGGAUGUUCCCGAAGCAGAUUUCGACGAGGCGCACCCACAAUAUAGUGAUGGUGUGGUCGCCGAGCCCAUUCAAGAAAUAGAUGUCGAGGAGACGAUCGUCCUCGAGGAGAAGCAACCAGAGGUCUUGAAGACUCUACUCACUGGACUACCAAGUCCAACGAGCCUUCUAUGGAGUGCUAUCAAUUUCGCCGUCAAUCUGGCUCUCGUCGCUAUGGUCGCUGACUUCCUCUUCCGUGGCACUUACUUUCACCAAGCCCAUGAUCUAUCGAUGGCUAGGGUGGGCUAUGUGUCUGAUCACAGUGCAAAGAUCCUCGUUCGCGAGCCGGACGCGAACAAAUACCCGGUGACAGUGUCUUAUCGAUACGUUGAUGCUCCAUACAGCAUGCUUCAUGGAGGACGACCACAGAACACUGCAUGGAUUCCAGCUGGCAGCAUUGAGUGGCUUGAUGACCGCACCGAUUUUACGGGGACGCUCGAGCUCAAGAGGCUUGCGUCGGACACUCGGUACCAGUGGGCCGCAAGCAACAAUCAGACAGGCUACUUUGUUACUGCCCCAAGGACCGGGCACAUCUCACAGCGGGUCGACUCAGCCGGCACUUUCACCUUCCUGCACACCUCGUGUCUGAAGAACAACUUCCCCUACAAUCCAUUCUCGCACACGCUCUCUAAUCAAGGUCUACGAUAUCUUUCACAAGUACUGCCAUACGUCAAAGCACAAUUUAUGCUCUUCCUCGGAGACUUUAUCUAUAUCGAUGUGCCGCGUCGUCAUGGGAGUGGUCUAGCAGACUACCGCCGUGAGUAUCGCCAGAUUUAUGCUUCUCCCGACUGGCCAGCGGCUACGCAGGAACUGCCCUGGAUUCAUGUGUAUGAUGACCAUGAGGUAGCCAAUGACUGGGAUCGUAACACAACGGGCAUCUUCAGCGCCGCAUUCGACCCUUACACGCACUAUCAUACUUCUGUCAAUCCGCCUGCAGUCAGAAAAGGCGAGAGCUAUUUCUCCUUCACGCAAGGUCCUGCGACAUUCUUCAUGAUAGAUACACGCCGCUACCGGUCUCCGAAUGAUGCCACCAAUGGCUCGGACCCUAUCACUGGAGAUGCUACGAAGACGAUGCUUGGUGCACAACAGCUCGCAGAUCUCUUAGCAUGGCUGGAAGCACCGGUAUCCAAUGGAGUGAAGUGGAAGGUACUGGUCAGCAGUAUUCCCUUCACCAAAAAUUGGUGGUUCGGUGCACAAGACACCUGGCGAGGAUAUCUGGGAGAGCGUCAGGUCAUCCUGGAAGCUAUGUGGGAUGUCGGUCUGCAGAGUGGUGAUGUGGGCGUCAUUGUUCUCUCUGGUGAUAGGCAUGAGUUCGCCGCUACUGCCUUCCCACCACCGCCGGAUGGCAAAGAAGAGAUCAUCGGUCUUGGCCCCAUAGGAGUGGGUGCCAAUGCUCUCAACCCACGAAGUCCGAUUUUGGCACCACAAGGCAAUGGCAAACCUGGUCUGCUGACUCGCCGCAAACGCUGGCCUCUCUCUUCGACUGUGCAUGAGUUCUCCGCCUCGCCGCUCAACAUGUUCUACCUUCCCAUUCGCACUUACGCCGAGUCGAGUACCAGCGAAGACUAUCUUAGCGACGUCUGCAUCAAAUACAUCCCCGAUGGAAACAGUAAAUUUGGCGCCGUCAGUAUUAGCAAUCCUAGAACGAGCGACCAAAGUGUGCUACAUUAUAGAUUAUUUGUGGAUGGCUUGGAGAAGUGGAGUUAUACUCUGACGAGUCCCCCAGAGACAGCAGGCGGGAGCAGGGAGAAGGAUGCCAUCUGGGGUUGA